AUGCUGUCCCCAGUGAAAGUUGCACCCGUGGAGGGUGCCCUGGACCUGCUGAAUGAACUGAAGAGCUUCAACAUGACGCUGAAACUUCUGCAAGAAACGAGGAUCGGCAUGUCUGUGAAUGGAAUCAGGAAGCACUUCACAGACGACGUGGUCGUUUCCCUGUCCAAGAUCCUCAUCAAGGACUGGAAGAGACUGCUGGAUGCUGCACGUACUCAGUGUACUGAGAGGCCCAAUGAGAUGAAGAAUGGGGUUGACUCCAACAAAUUCAUAGUGUCCCCAGUCAGGUCCCCCUUAGAGAAAGACACCAGUCACAAGAGGCUGGAUGUUUCUGAUUCAGAUCCUGAAUCUGAAAAGGAAGAAUACUCUGACAAACAGCGAAAAGAGAAACACAAUGUUGAACACAAAAAAGACGAGAGAGCUGUUGACCUUAAAAAAGAGCGAUAUACAGAGGCAUUCAAAAACGAACGACAUGCAGAACAAUCCAAAAAUGGAAAACAUAACUUCAAAGAAUUUGGGACAAACUGUGACUCGAUGGCAGCAGAGAUUGAAGAUCAUAUUUUUAAGGAGAUGGGAGCCACAGAUAUGAAGUAUAAAAACAGGGUGCGGAGCCGCAUCAGCAACCUGAAGGACCCCAAAAACCCUGGGCUGCGGAGGAACGUCCUGGCUGGAGGCAUCGAGCUGAGACGCUUCGCCAUCAUGUCUGCUGAGGAGAUGGCUAGUGAUGAGCUGAAGCAGCUGAGGAACAAUCUGACUAAGGAGGCCAUUAGGGAACACCAGCUGUCCAAAACCAGCGGUACCAUUUAUGAUCUGUUUCAGUGCAGCAAAAAGAACUGCACCUACAACCAGAUGCAGACCCACAGUGCUGAUGAGCCUAUGACCACUUUUGUUCUUUGCAACGAGUGCGGGAACCGCUGGAAGUUCUGCUGA